AUGAUUAGAAUUGAGAAGUUAUGGACAUCAACAGAUCCUGAACUAUUAAGACAUUUGGCACUUUUGAUUAAAGAAAAAGAACAAUGGUAUGCUUAUUUGACUCCUUUAGAGGGGAAAUGUUUCUUAAGUUGUCUGGAUGAUCCAAUUCUUUGGAAAGAAUUUAUUGAUUUUAAGCCAAAUGUUGCAGAAAUGUCAUCAUCUACAGAAAUCUUGGAGAAGUUAACAGUCUUAUUUCGUGUGAGAUUUAUGCUUUAUGACAAGGCAAUUGAAUCUUUUAUAUUUUUUAAUGAUAAAGAUGUGUUUGGAGUGGAUAAAUCUUUAUUAAUACAGUGUUUAAAUAAUUAUGAGAAGAGGAAGAAUGAAAUGUAUGAUUUCGGGACAGUACGAUUAUUAGAAGAUAAUUUUUAUGAUAUGUACGAUGAAGAAUUAGAGGAUCAGUCAAGCUGUUCUAAAAAAGCAGAUAUAAAAGAAUAUAAAACAUCUAAGAUUAAUCAGCAAAUAGGAGCAUUUUUUAAUCGUGUUUAUUAUACAUUAGAUAAUGAUAAAGAUGCAAUGAUAGAACAUAAAUUAGAUACAUCUGAUCAAUUAGAUUUUGCUGAAAUAUCGUCAGAUGAAGAUAUUUCAGUUACUUCAAAUUUGGAAAUGGAAAAUAUUUCCUUGAAGUAUCUUCUUUCUGCUAUAGAAAGUAAACGAUUGGUUAUGGCUAUUUCUGAUCUUGAAUUGCGUAAUCUUUUAUCUGAAGUAUGGAAAAGUAAAUCAAAAUGGACGUCUGAAGAAAAUCUUGGUCAUGAGCUUUAUGAUGCAGCGAAGAAGGUUGUUCUUGAAUUAAAAGCUUAUACGGAACAUUCUACUGCAUUUUUAAAUAAAGUUAGCAAAAGAGAAGCACCUGAUUAUUAUGAUGUUAUUAAAAAUCCAAUGGAUUUGGGGACUGUUAUGAAAAAACUUCGAAAUUUUCAAUAUAAUAGUAAAAAGGAAUUUGUCGAUGAUCUUAUGCUUAUUUGGUCGAAUUGUCUUAUUUAUAAUGCAGAUCCUGCACAUUUCCUUAGAAAACAUGCAAUUGCUAUGCGUAAAAAGACGUUAUCUUUGAUUAAGCUUGUACCAGAUGUUGUUUUGUAUGAUAGAAAUAAGACAAAUGUUGAAAAAAAUGAUUUAAAUGAUGAUGAUUUAGAACUUUAUGAUGAUGAAACUUUGCAAAAGCUAAAGACUGGAACAUCUUCUGUAAAGAAAACAUUUUCUUCAAAACCCAUUAAAACCAAAGAUCCUGAAAUGGAUUUAUCUGAAACAUAUUUAUCUAGUAAUAUUAUGAAAACAGAUUCUUUGUUACUAAAGAAUAAUACUGAAAAAGUCAUUAAUGAUGCUAAUAUGUUUAACAGAGAAUAUGCAUCAAGUUUUAAUGGAGUUGGAAGCUUGAGUUCUAUUCAAAAAAUUGAACAUGAUAAUGACGAUGUAGUAUAUCAAGCAUGGAAAACUUUAACAAAAAAAGUUCGUGCAGAGAUAUGUACUAUUAGACAUAAACUUUUAAAAGGGGAUAAGUUAAAAGGAAACGCUGUAGCAGUAUCUAGAAGUUCAAAGUCAAUGAUAAAGUUUCAAGAAUGGGAAACAGGUUGUUCUAAGAAUAAUGAUCUAAAUAAUUACUUAAAUUAUGAAUUAUCUGGAAAUUUUGAUUCCGAAAAAAAUAAUGUUGAGGAGAAUUGGUCUGAAAGCUCUUAUUUGAUUCUUUAUAAUGUUUGUUCUGGUCUUCCUAGAAUCCCUAUAAUGAAUGAUGAAUUUUAUAAUUCUAAAUCUGAUACCUUUCAAGAUUAUUUAUUUAUUGAAUCUAAUCCUCGGUUUUUGCCUCCUCCAGAAGGCAUUUGUCGCAAAAUAUAUAAAAAUAUUGAAGAUUUAAGAAGUAUUAGGAAAUUAUGUAAUAAAGUAUAUGCACUUAAAAUGAUGCAACAAGCGAGUUCACUAUACUAUACAUGUUUUAGAACACCUGAAGAACAAAGACCUUUGAACUUAGAAAUUCAAAAUAAAAGUUUUAAUCUAUUUAAUUGUAUAGAAGUAAUGUCAGAAGAAUUGGGAUUUUGUUUAUUAGGGAAAUUUGUUUCUACGUUAUUAUAUCAUGUGGGAUUUGAAGAGUAUCAAAGUAGAGCUUUAGAUGUUCUGGUGGAUAUUGCAAGUUCAUUUUUACUAAAGUUAGGGAAAACAUUAAAAUUAUAUUUGGAAAAUAUGUCAGAUAAAUCAAUAGAAGAAAAUCUUUUGCAUGCUCUAUAUGAAAAUGGGAUUUCAGAUAUUUCUUUAUUUGAAUCUUAUAUUAAGGAUGGGAUAGAUAGAUAUAGUACUAAGCUUAAUGAUAUUCAGAGACGAUUACAGGCGUAUCUUAAUGAAACAAUUAAGCCUUCAUUAUCUUAUUUUGAUGAAGAAAACUUGGAAAACAAUGACUCUUUUAUUCAUGGUGAUUUUGCCGAAAAGAUAGGUGAAGACUUUUUUGGAUUUAAAGAACUCGGUCUGGAUAAAGAAUUUGGUCUUUCUUCAUUAUUGGUCCCUCUUCAUUUGUUGCAUGGAAAAGUACAAUUAGGGCCAGGCGUUUCGGACCCUGUAAAUAUAACGAAACAAGAAACCAAACAUAUUCCUCCUUCAAAAUUUGAGCCAGUAACAUUAGAUGUAAUUGAACGUCAAAUUGGCUUAGUACAACCAUUUUUAAAAUCGAAAUUAUUGGAAUCAGGUGGAAACAAAUUGAUUGAAGAUGAAGACCUGUUUAUAAAACAGAAACUUCGUCUUCCUCCUAAUGGGAAAAUAAUUACUCCUUUGAAAAAAAUAGGAACGGUUGCAUUAAAUUUAUCAAAAAAAAAGAAAAAGCUAUUAGAUGCAAAAAAUAAUGAUUCUGAUGCAAAAAAACCAAAAAACGAAGAAACAAUAUUUCCUUCUGAAUAA